AUGCUAAGAGAUAGGUUUGCUUCAGUUGACCCACAUCGGUGCUUCAUUCGCAACAUAUUCCGGAGUCACGAAGACGGGACAUUCUUCUCAUAUCCGUACUGCAAAGUUCGACAAGAUGUAUAUAUGGCUCAGCUAACAGCUCGAACCGUUUUAUCGACACUAAGUAAGCGUACACUACUUCCAAGCGCGGUUGCUGGACAUCGAAAUCUAGCCACUGAAGCGUCACCAGAGGAUUAUGGUUACUAUCCCGAUCCACUAGAGCACGCGACUGGACGUGAAAAGAAAAUGCUUUUGGCACGUCUUGCUGGAGACGAUCGCUACGAACCAAAAGUCUACUAUCGAGCUGAGAAUUCGACAAAGGAAAGACCCAACUUGAUACCUCAGCAAGCUUGCCCAGUUGAGCGGAUUAUUAGAAUGAAGAGUUGUAAAAAGCGAUACACGAGUGGACAUUGGUGGAUCCGUACACCAAAGGCAGUGCUUGAAGAAAACAACAACAGUGCGUAUGUUGAACUUCAUGCUGCAUAA